UGUUGCGUCAUCGUGUUGUUGGGCGGGAUCGCAUGUCCGGCCCUCACGCCCUCUCCGCUUUUCUCCUCGCUGCUCGCCCGGUUCUCGCCCCGCGGAGAGCUAACAAACACUAAGGAUCGAUAUCACUUUGCUAAUGGUGGUUCGCCCGUCAGCCUGAGGACAGGACAAACACCACCAUCACCACCACCCAACCUCUCACUCUCCCGCCUCUCCCCGCUCUCUCUCACUCCUGCAGGAAGCGAUAGGCAGGAGUGGCUGGCUCUCACCCCUCUCACCCUCACUGUCUCCAGGGUUGAUGGAGUGCAGGUGGAUUCCUCCCCAGGCUUAACUAUCUGAUGGUCGUUAACGAGUGAGUGUAGUCUGCUGGUAGUAAUCAUCAAGGCAUGACUACCUGAUGACCCUUAAUUAACAAGUUUAGUGAGUGACAGUUGCAGAUAUAAACGAUUAAAAGAAAGCUUAACUACAUGAUGGUCGUUAGCGUGCACUGGAUGGGAUGAGAGUGGGGAUCUUUGACUGCAGCUUCCUCGGGUGAAAGUGACGAGUGAUUAGACUGUGAUGAGAAGGCCGCCUGUCCUGCCAGUCACCGCCUCUGUGUGAGUGGAAGCUGGAGCAGCGUGGGGAGCAUGUCCAGCUACGCCUCCUCGCCCAUCCUGCGAGGGCUAGUGCUCGGCCUGCAGGUGAUGGGCUGCCUGGUCUACACCUGGCCCGCCUCGGCCCGCGCCCGCCCCAGCCCCGCCCUUUGCGCCUGGGCCGUGCUGGUGCAGCUGUCCCUUCUGGCGUGGCUUUUCAUCGAAAUAUACAUCGAGGUGAACCACCACCACUUCCUCUGCAUCGGGGAGGUUGCACAUGUCCUGGCUGUUGUGUUUGACUUGGCGGCGCUCGCCCUGCUCCCCGCCUUCCUGACGGUGAGGAGCAGGCUCAUCUCCAGGGUGCUGGCGGGCCUUGGGGACAUCCCAUACCCUCACGGACCUACCUACAUGUGCAGGGCGUCGCAGCUCAUGCACAUCCUGAUGGUGCUGGUCGCCUUCUCCUUCAUCACGUGGACUUACGUGGUGAGCGAAAGCGCGCUGGCCACCGUCUGGAAGCCUGUCUUCGCACUCCUCAACAUUUUCGUCAUCGCCAGAGUGUUCUUCACCGUGAUGCUCUUCAGGCUGCUCUUCCACUCGCUGGCUGAGGAGAUACGCGACGAGACGCGCCAACUCGCGGACCGUCACGACCUGUCCUGCCUUGAACCCAGCGACCACGACCACGACGACCACGGAGGCUGCCAGCGUUCGCACGACCAACUAGGCAACUGCAAUGGGAAUAGGGAAGGUGUCAAGUGCCCCCCGGAAGAAGGCGUCGAGCGGAACACACCUGGGAACACCUGGAAGGACACGCAGCGGCUGGACGAAGGUCACUCUCCUGCAGGUGCUGACGGGGAUGAGGUGGUGGCCGCGCUCAACCGCCUGGAAAGAAAGAUUUACGUGGUGGACGGGCUGCUGCAGGGGGCGUCGACGGUGUUCUGUGAGCCCAUGAUCGUGUUCUUCGUGUGCUUCACCGUCUCGGCCAUCACCGGCACCUUCUUCAUCUAUCUGGAGGGACACAAAGCCAAGAAUAUCGCGAUCUACGUGGUGCUGUGCUACAUCUACAUCAUCAGGAUCUGCUACAUAGGUCACGUGUUUACCCAUAAGAUACUGGAUGCCAUUCAGUUCCUGCGCCGUGUGAGCUCCCGAUGUGAAGACGAGAGAGUGAAGGCCAGUGUGCUGAGUUCCAUGGCCACCUACCUGGUCAUCCUCCUGCAGGUGGGCGGGAUGCGCAUUGACUUCACACACAACCACAAAGUUCAUAAUAGCGGGUAGGCGCGUCACCCUCGCCUGGUGGUGGUGGUGGUGGUAGUGUCCUGGACGUAACCCAAUCAGUAGUGUGGCGGUGGCGGUGGUGCUUGUGGCAGUGGCGGUGGUGGUAGCAAGGUCAGUGUUCUUGGUGUCAGUAAGGCGCCGCUGACUGACAAAAUAGUGGAAACUUUCGUGGUGAAGGACUUGGAAGGAAUAUCAAACGAAGUAGCGAAAGGAAUCGGUCUUGAGAAGUUUAUCUGGAAAGAGAGAAAGAAAAUAGAAUUCCAAAAGACUUAACUGGAGGAAAUCUAUUGAAAAGAAAAAAAAAGACAGAGAUAAGUGGAUGCAUUGUUAGUAUAUAAAAAAAGAGAGUAAAAGAGUUAAAUGAAGGAACUGAACGGCUCUUCCCCCAAACGAAAGGACAAAUAAAAGAGACAACUGAAGGAAUUGAAAUCUUUUAAAAGAGACAGAGAGAAAAACAAAGGACAUAACUGACAGAAUCAAAGCCUGUUAAAAAGAAAAAAAAAACAGACAAGUGAAGGAACUGAAAACCUUCAAACGGAGAAGAAGAAAAGGAGAUAACGACGGAAUUCAAAACUUAAAUAAAAAAAAAGAAAAGAGAGGCUGUGAAAGGUGUUAAACCAAAAAAUGUUACUGAAAUCCUAAAGAGAGAGAGAGAGAAAAAAAAUCAGGAGAGAAAAGAAUCGUAAUAUUAAAACAUAAAAUGAAGUAAACAAAAGGAAUAUUAAAAAGCGUAUGUAAUUUUGAACUAUAGUAAUUAAUGAGCCGUCCGCCCUUUGAGGAACACACACACACACACACACACACACACACACACACACACACACACAAAAAAUGCAUAACUAAUGAUAAGUGCUUUGUUAUAGAGUGAACCAAGGAAAGCAGGUGUGUGGGAUGAUAGCUGUCACCUGUACCUGCGUCACGCCACCUGUCAAGCCUCACCAGCAACUCAUACAGGGAAUAGGUGUUCCAUAGGACCCUCAUUCUGAUACACCUCCGCGCCGCAUCUCUACUUCUUUCAAAACAGCUCUACGUAGUCGAAGCUGCACGGGUUUUUAAGGAUGUUUUUAUAGUUCUAGAGACAGAUUAACAAGAUUCCUACAUUAUUAACAAGAGAAACAGUUUUGGGUAUCCGGCUUAUCAUCUCUGUGGCCUUGGAAAAUAGUCGUGGUGAGAGUGAAGCGUUUCUGAACACCGGGGCAUAUUACCUCAAUGUUACACAAGAGAACUGGUAUUGCUGCUUCUGUAUAAUGGCAGAUAAGACAACGGGUGGCUUUGAUGGAUGUGUUAUAGCUGUGAGUCAAUAGAGAAGUGAGGUGAUGCUUUGAGAAAUUGGUGAUAAGAGUAAGACAGGAAUAAUUAAGUGAUGCUUCAAUACCUGUGCUUGCCGCCACGUGAAGACCAGCGUAUGGAUACCAGUGGCUGGUGAAAGGACUGCUGAAGUGACGCUUUGAGUGGUGAGGAUGAGAGUAAUGUGAGUGAGAUGCUUAACAGAUACUUCAAGGAGUGGUAUUGACAGGAUAACGAAUUGAUGCUUUGUUGACCCUAAUUAACCUCAAACUCAAGAUUACUGUGCCGAAGAGAAGGUUUUAGGGGUGAGGAUGAGAGAAUUGUGAGUGAAAUGCUUCAGAGAUAUUUCAAGGAGUGGUAUUGACAGGAGGAUAACGAAUUGAUGCUCUGCUGACCCUAAUUAACCUCAAAAGCAAGAUUACUGUACCGGCAAGUGAAUGAAUUGCCCAAGGGAAGGAUUUAGUGGUGAGAGCGAAGUGAAUGAAAUGCUUGAGAAAUAUUUCAACCAGUGCCAUUGAGAGACGGAUAACGAAAUGAUGGUCUGUUACCCCUAAUUACUCCUCACAGCCAAGAUUCAUGUACCGGCAAGUGAAUGAGCUACCCAGCAGAAGGUGAGAGUGGUGGUGGUGAGUGAAGUGAAUGAAGCACUGCAGAAAUGUUUCGAGAGGUGGAUCUGAGAAAGGUGACGAAGUGAGGAUGUUAACGAUAAUUACCUUUAUUUGUUAAUGUAAAAGGUGAGUAAAUGAACCUAGAUAUUUAUAGAGAUUCACUUCAGAAAAAAAGUAACGAGGUAAUGGUCUGAUAAUCUCUAAUUGCUCUCCAAGUUAAGAUUGCCGUACAUGUUUAAUGAGUGAACUAGUUACGAACAUUUCAAGAGAUGAUUUUGAGCAAAGGGUAACGAAAUGGUGCGCUGAGAAUCUCAAAUUGCCGUAAACAACUUGAGAAUCUUUUCGAGCGAUGGAAUUAAGAGAAAGUUCACCAAACAUCUUGUAAUCACCUAGGGAGUUAAGACUGCGUACCAGUGAAUGAGGGAACGAAUCAGAGAGGAAACGUUUCGAGCUGUGGAUUUGAGAGCAAGGUGACGAUACAACGCUCUAAUCACCAAAUCACCCUCUGAUUUAAGACUGCUGUGUCUGUGAUAACUACAAGACAAGAUCGGAGCCAGUACGGGUAGAAGACAGCGGAGAGUGUCACAGAGGCUGCCUGGCCAUGACCGAGCGAGGCUGGCACCGCAACGCAACACUGUCCUCUCUCCUUCUCAACCUCCCCGUCGCUUCAUCAGCCACACACGCCCCUGGGAAACACUUUAACAUCCCACCCCUUCCCUGCUGGCGCUAAAAGGCUGUGUGACGCGAGAGGGAGAAAAAGUGAUUUAUCCUGAGCGAGUCAACCUUUCCUAAUGAAGCUAUUGAUAAACUUAGCUUCUGUCGCCGCUGCCUUGUCCCUCACUGUUUGAUGUGAGCCGGAGCAAACGCAACGAGAAGAAUCCUGUUAGUUUUCACCCUUUGAAUUCGUCUCUGAUCUGUCUAGUUCGCGUUUGGUGCAGUAUGUUUAAGCUUCUGUGUUAGUUGAAUGUGAGACUUCCCCUCGUCCUCCUCCUGCUUCUUCCUAGUGUAAGGGCACGCAUGUGAUUAAGGGUUUGUGUGUUGUUGCCAAGUAUGAUUUAGGGGUUUCUUCUACAGUGGACGUAAGUGAAGAAAACUGACGCAGGACUGAGGAAGGCCUGGUGCUGCUGUGGCUUAGUGUGGAGUGAGGUGUGCUGUUGUAGUGGAUUCAUAUGCUAGAGUGAGGAAAAUUCUGCUACUGCUACUAAUGGAUUGGAGGAAGUUAACUGUAGAUGUUUUAUAAGUUAGAGAAAAACUUUGCUGCUACUACAACUAUUAUUAAUACUACUACUCGUAUGAAAGACUGGAGGAGGUCUGUUGAAGAUUUAUAAGUUAGAGUGAGAAAAAUGAUGUUCUGUUGAGUAUACAAGCUUUGCGAAGGUUAUCCUGAAGUGGGCUGGCGUAGACUGAAGGAGGCUGCGUGCUGUGACGAUAUAAGACUGAAGGAAAAGUGUGUGUUGGUACUACGAAAGACUGAAAAAGGCCUUGUGUUGCUGUCACGAUACUAGACUGAGGGAUAAGUGUGUUGUUUAACCUUUCAAGACUGAAGAAGGGCUUGUUUUGCUGUGAAUGCAUGUAGACUGAAGGAAAAGUGCCGCUGUGAUGGAAGACUGUGGGAGGUCAUCAGCAGUGGAUCUAGACUGAAGAGGAAGCAAAUUGUAAACAGAAAAGUGCGCCUUGUGAAAUACUUAUGAGCUUAACAUUCGAGACACAGAAAACGUAUAAUUUGCUCAUAAAGAAGGACAAUGGAAAGUCAUAAUUUUUAGCUGUUUAUACAAGAGGUUGUGUCUAGUGGAAUCAUACAUAUAACUCAUAAAUCAAGGCAGUGAAUGUGUGUAUUUCGUAUGUGAAGGAAAGGAAAGAUGUAAACAGUGAGGCAUAAUAACGAAGGCUGCCAAAAUAUGUAUCUAAUGAUAGUAAAACAAAAAAAAAACUGCUAAAACAAAUACUCGGUAAUAGUAAAAGAUAAGAGAAAGAGAAAAAGGAAAACUAAAUAUUUAUCUGAUUCUUCAAGUCAAGGUAGUAAAUGUGUCUUUUGUUUUACGUGAAGGAAAGAGAGAAUGCGAACAGUAAGUCAUGAUAAUUAAGACUGUUGAAACGAAUAUACGAUAACAGUAAAAGAAGAAAGAGAAAAACAAAAACAAAACUGUGAAUAUUGAUCUAAUUCCUCCCAGACCAAAACAGUGAAUGUGUACAGUUUGGCACCAUGAAGCACUGAUAAUGGAAGCUCUCAUGAUGCAAAAGUGUCAAAAUGCAAAUAAAUUCUCCACACGCUAAAAGAAUGAGUGUACAUUUCACUUCUCGUGCAGGGGAAGAAAAAUGAAAACCGUUAGUCAGAAUUUAAAACACUUCCUACGUAUAUAAUUUCCCAUAAUUCCAAGCACAAAAAGGACAUUUAUUUUCACCCAGCCAAGGAGAAGAAAGAAAAAUGAGCAGAAAAAAUUGCCAGUCAUAAUUUUAACUCCACCUCCACUCCCUCUCUCCCUCUGCCCCGUGAAGUGAAAAAACGCUAUACUCUGUCCCGGAAUGUAAGUGGCUCGGUUGACUUGUAAGACUCGUAUUAUGACCUGAUCUCGAAUCCUGCUUCAGUCUCUUCUUCUUACUGAACUCCGGGAAGGCUGGAGAAGAGUAAUUCCUUAACUUUCGGAAAUAUUGACCUCGUUACGAAAAUUUCCGCGAGUUUUUGGCAGUUUGGUUCUGUAGCUUCCACGGGAUGAAAAAUCUGUGCUGGUAAAAGUGAGCGAAGAGAAAGAGAGAGAAAAGAGAUAGAAAGAAAAAAAAAACUAUGAAUCUCUCUCCGCAUCAGGAUAGAGAGCAGGAAAGACGAGAUAUAUAUACAAGACGUGUGUGAAAACCAGAGAGAACAACAGGGGCACAUAGAGAUAAAACAGAGAACAUUGAGAUACACUCCUCGAAUAAAUAGAUUAAUAAAAAGUUUUCUGCCAUGUCGAUAGACUGGGAAAGAAUCGAGAACUGAAAAGACACCAAUACAAACUUAAAUUACAUAAAGAAAAGGGGAAAAAAGCAUAGACGAAAUAAGAAAGAGAGAAAAUAAAAUAUACAUGGGAAUAAAUUAAAGUAAAACAAAGGUAACAAGUCAAAAAAAGAACGAAUAAAAGCCACGAGAAAAAAAGAAA